GUUAGUGUUCAACAGGGCGAUGAGGUGAAAUGGAAUGAACAAAAUAACCUUACUCGUCGCACUUCUGUUGACAUUGCAGAAUUUGAUUGCUUUCUACGUAAUGCAAAGAUUGAAGAGUGUCUGGAACGUCACCGUCACUCUUUACGGAAAGCGUUAGCGGACUCUGUGGGUGUCAACUGUCCUGAAUUGCACUUUUUGCCUGACCGGUCAAAGUUAAUGGAAGAGGAAAUGGAUAGGCUGUUCCGAAUAGCUGACUAUGGCAUGGAUUACCGAGCUGUGAGCCACACAGGACGAGUGUUAGGAGGUGCUGAAACUGGAAAAUCGAAGCGCUCGCUCAAAAAAAUAAUCGAUUCUGAAAAUUCUGAUAAAACAUAA